AUGGCAUCCGGUAGACAAGCCCCUUUCGGGCCGCUAGGCCUGACCGACGAACAGCGCCAGCAUUGCAAGGAUCUCGCGUUCCAACUACUAGACCGCACACUGCGCAGCUACGACGAACAAGACGCCAGCAAAGAUCUUCACACUGGUUCGGCACGGCACCACAGAAACCUUGACAGGGCGCAUUGGAAGCAGCUCCGGACCCGCGCCAACGCAUCGCUCUACUGUGAACGGAAGCUUCACUCUUCUCUCCCUGGCGAUCACCCGGACAACGGCUGUGUCUUGCUCGCUGUGGGGACGAUCCAAAGCAGCCUUGACGAGGUCAUGUUUGGCCUGGAAACACCCGACUUCCUCGCGUUGCAAGUCCGAUCCGCGGUACUCGGUAAACAGCCUGUGGACGGAGCCACAUUGGCACAGCUCUCAGGACCCACAGAGACCGAUCCGUUCCAUUUCAUGGGCAUCAUGUGGAUGGUGGGGAAGCAGAGUUGGCCACUCAGCGCGGUAGUACGCCCGCGGGAUUUCGUCUACGUGUCUGCAACUGGCGUCGUGAUCCGCGCCAACGGAGAGCGCUUGGGGUACGAGGUUAUCCAGUCGGUCGACCUGCCGCAGUGUUCACCACUCCCAGCACCGAUGGUGCGCGGUAAGCUCAUGCACGGUGCUAUCUACAGGCAACUCGAGAAUGGCUCCGUGGAUGUGUAUAUAAAGAUGCACAUGGGGUCUCACGGUCGCAUCUUGAAUAGGCUGGUUGUUGCUGCGAUGUGGGAGUCGACAUUGGGCUUCUGGAGAGCUCCGCAACUGUCCGAGAUGAAGAAGCUGCAGUGGUGUAUGGAAAAC